AUGGCGUCCACAGGUCUCCAGCUGGUGGGCUUGGUGCUGGCGGUGCUCGGCUGGGUGUUUGGGGCGCUGGUGUGUGCAGCUCCUCUUUGGCGAGUGUCUGCGUUUGUGGGUGGUGAGCUGGUGAUCGCUCAGGUUCUCUGGGAGGGACUUUGGAUGAAUUGCUUGUCUCAGACCACCGGCCAUAUCCAGUGUAAGAGCUACGACUCCACCUUGGCUCUGUCCACCUACGCCCAGGCAGCGCGCUGUCUCACUGUCCUCUCCCUGCUGCUCUGUCUCCUGGCUCUCCUCUUCGGUGUGCUGGGUGCCAAAUGCACUCACUGCAUGGCGACCGCCAAGCAGGCCACCAAGGCUCAGCUGGCCAGAAUAUCGGCAGUGCUGUAUAUGGUGGCUGGGUUUGCCUACCUGAUACCCAUCAGCUGGACCGCCUACGCCAUCGUCCGGGACUUUUACGAUCCGAACGUGGCCGCGCCCCUCAAGAGGGAGUUGGGCCCUGCGUUGUAUCUAGGCUGGGGGGCCAGCGUGCUUCUCCUCCUGGGCGGCGCACUUCUCUAUAUCGGCUCCACUCCAGCAGGAGGCAGCGUUCUGCCUGGCUUUACCAGGGCGGUGAGAGACAAUCCAACCUCAGCAGCAGCAGCGGAAGUGAAGGCACCAGAAAAGUCAUUUGUGUAG